UCCUUUUCAAAAAGCAAUUUUUAGCAAGAUUUCACCGCUAUUGAUUUUAAUUCAUAUCAACGAAAUGCACUAGUAUUGUAAGCUUUACAUUUCGUUUUUAAUUUAGCCCUAAAAGUGAUAGCAAACCACGUAAAAGAUGGAAGAAAAUGCGUCUGCCAAUCUGGAUUCGUCCGGAGCAAAAAAAGCCAGCCCUUUCGAUAACCUGAGCAGAGACGAUCUGGUGAAGAAGUGUCGCGGUCUGCUUGGCAUUGCGCAAAAAGCAAAACAAGCUAAGGAUGAAUGUCAGGAAGAAAACCGGAAACUGAAAGAGCAAUUAGCACAAUGCGAGACGCAAAAAGCGGCCGAUAAGGAGGGGCUGAAAGCGAUGCAGGAAGUGGUCGAGUCGCUGACGGAUCAAAAACUAAAGGCUGCGAUGCGGGUGGAUGAGCUGGAGAAAAGUGCGUCCGGUUUGAGGCGAGAACUGGAGGGAGCUGCCCUGUUAAGGGAGAAGCAAGAUAAGCUGUCCGUCGAGAAUGAAGCCUUCCGGCGGCAGAUAAAACGACUGACCGAUGAGAACGAACAGCUUCUCGACGAUCUUGGAGGGAUGGAGAAUAAGCUGAAAAUUUUGGAGGAUGACAAUAGGAAAGUGAAACAGGAGAUGACUGAAGUGAAAACAGAUGCCACGCAAUCCGGAAAGGAAGAAAAAUUGGUGCGAAAGCUGAAGUUGUACAAAAACAAGGUACAGGAAAUAUCGGCUAAAAUUCUGCUGCUUAAGUCCGAUCGAAAAAUUUUACUGAAAACCGUUAAGGAAUAUUCAGAGCAGGUUCCGAAAUGGCAGAAAGAGCUGCUGAACGCUUCGGAAGCGUUAUUUAGCCGAACACAUGCCCUGGAGAAGGAGAAUCAUGCCCUGACGGAACGGUGCGCUUUGCAGGAAUCAAUUGAGGUCGAAAACCAAAAACUUCUUGCGGAAGUUGAUAGUCUAAAGCUUCAAAUUGUAUCAAGCGGGAAUCAAGGUCAAAGUCACGAAAGGGAAAUUCUUGCAUUGACGAAUGAGCUGGAGGAAGUAAAAAGAAAUUUACAAGUUAAAGAAUCAGAGGCAGUAGAAUUACAAGAUCUACACGCAAAGGUAGUUUCAAGUAACAACGAAAUUGAGCAAAGACUACAACAGGCGCUGGAAGAGAAUGAAAAAUUGCGUACGAAAAUGAAAGUAAACGAAAUGGAGAUUACCCAAACGCAGUGUGGCCCACUGGAAGAGAGAAUCACAGAAUUAGAACAAAGCUUAAAGGAUGAGAAGCAAAAACAUGAACAGCUCAGUCUCGUCUUGUCAGAAGCUAAAACCCAUUCUGACGAGCUUGCGGCACAUUCUCAAGCACAAUUAGAAAAAUUGGAGGCAAAUCAGAGUAUAAUCGAGCAGCUUGAGAUGCGAGUUGAAGAAAUCAGUAAAGAAAAUGCUCAGUUGCAACAUGAAAUAGAUCAAAUUCAUGCUCGUUACUCCAACCAGGAACAUGAAUUAGACUCUAAGCUUAAGGAUUUCGACGAACUGGACAAAUCCAGUGAAAUGCUCCAGGAAAAAAUUCGGCAAUAUGAAAAUGAUCUUCAGAAAAGUACGCAAGACCAAGCCGAACUUCAGAGUAAACUUUCCGAAUCGACGACCGCUUUAGAAACCCUGCAAGGUCGCUUUAAUGCUCUAACCGUUGAAAAUCAGCGAUUGCAGGUUGGUAACGCGCAGUUAUCACAAGAUCAAGCUGAUGAUCGUGAGGAACUAGCAACUGUUCGUUCGAAGUUCGAGCUGAUUAAGCUGGAGAACAGUGAACUACUUUCGGAACUGAAAGAAAUCAACGAAAUCCUAAAAGAACGAGGAGGAGUCAUCUCUCUGCAACUAUCGAAGAUUUCCGAGCUGGAAUCGCAAAAGACUGCCCUGGAACGGAGGCUAGCCGAACUGGGCAGUCCGGACGUGGAGCAGCUUCGAGUGCAACUGCAAGAGGCCGAGUGCUUGGCGGCUGAAAAAGAAACCGAAUUGAACGUCCUACGCGAAAGGGAGCGAAAUCUGGACGCCCAAAGUGACGCAAUGUCAACGUCGACAAUUUCCAGAGCGGAAGAAGUGGCCAGAAUGCGUGAGAUUGACGACAGCUUUGAGGAAAAGUAUAACAAGCUGCGCUCGCUGGCUGUGAAGUUGAAGAAGAAAGUCGCCGAGCAAACGGUUCUACUGCAGAAACACGAGAAGGAAAAGGAAUCGGUUGGACUGGGCAAGAACCUUCAAUCUUUACAAGCGGAGAAUGAUAAGCUGCUAGAUUUGUUGGAAAGCGAAAGGAAGGCGAAAGAGCAUUUAGAUGCGGAACUGAAGGAGUGCAAAGAACUCGUGGAUAAACAAAAGGUGGAGAUAGAGACUUUCAACGAAGUUCGUUCGUCGGAGAUCGACAGCAGUAAGCAGGACAAAUCUUCUCUCGAGUCAACCAUACGCGAGUAUCGUGAGCAGCUGCAAAGCUUGAAGCGCGAAAAGGAAGCCUUCAAUUUGGCUAAAAAGGAAAUCGAUUCGGAAAAUCAAAAGCUGAAGUCUGCACUCAAAGCUAAGGAAAAGCAACUUAGCGAUGAGCAGGAGGCUCAAAAGGAACUGAAAGCGGAAGUCGAAAGAUCUCGGCUGGUCGUGAAAAAAGCGAAUGUGUUGAGUUUAGAAAUGGAAGCUUAUGAAAAAUCAUUGGCCGAGCUGAACAAGAAGCUGGAAACGAAAAAGGCUCAGGUACAAGACCUCGAAGGAACGAUCGAUGCCCAGGAAGGAACAAUCAAAAGUCUUAAAAGCCAGAUGACUCUGUUAGAGCAAAGUUUAAGUUCGGAAAAAGUUCACUCGCAGGAGCUGAAAAAGAACGUCGAUUUGCAGCAGGAAAAAUUACGCAUCAGCGAACACCAACGGGGAGAAGUUAACGUGGAGUUGGCCGAACUAAAACUCGAACACGAACAAAUCAAGCUCGCCAUUGAAUCGAAUCGAGCGGAAUUAAGCGAAACCGUCAACGAAAAAGAGAAAAUGUGCGCCGUUCUAGAGUUGGAGAAAGGCAAGUUGCUAAAGCAAGUCUACAGUUUAGAGAAUGAAUUAGCAGAACUGCGAGCAACGCUAAGUGAGAAGGAACAGGAAGUUGAAGAUGUGAAAACUGAAUUUGCUAGCUAUAAAAUAAGAGCGCAAAGCGUCCUCAAACAGAAUCAAAACAAAGACACUGGAAAAGAGCGUGAGCUUGAAGAGGAAACUCAAAAUCUUAAGAAAACGCUGGAACAUUCGCAAAAUAAACUCCAGCACGUGACUCAAGAAGCUGCAGAACUCGGUAAAACCUGUGAUGAACUGAAAACGGAUAAAGUGCGUCUUCAAAACCGUUGCAAAGAACUUCACGACCUGCUGGAGGAAUCGCGCCUACAGAAUGAAUCGCUCCUAGAGGACAACCGUCGAAGCAACCUCAACAGCCAGGAGGCGCUGCGGACGCAAAGGCUUCAAUCCGAAACGCUGGUAAACUGCUACAAAAAGCAGCUGGAGGAACUGCAGGAAAAACAUUCGCAAGAAAUUGAAACCCUCAAAACACAAGCGCAAAAGUCAGCGCGUGACGUUCCGGAUACCUCCGGGGGCGGGGACCACCGGCACAAUAACAACCUACCCGCCUUCGCCCGCGGUCAGCAUUUUUCGGACGAACAAAAAAUCAGUCUCCUUCUGCUGGAACGCGAAGAAGGUGAAGGUUCGGAAAGUACCAGCUCGCAAAGUGGUGGUGCCGCCGCCGGCACCCAACGAAAUCGCAAAAUUUCCAACUCUAGUCAAACCUUUCGGUCGUCCCGAUCCCACCGGGAUCUAGUGCCCCUGGACGAACUGCUAAAUUCUUCUUUCGAUGAUUCGGCAACGCUGUACGAUGGAACGAAUGACUCCUCGCCGCCGCGAGCAGCAAUUUCGCCGACGCUGGAACUCCGCCUAACCAAGGAGCAACUUGGCAAGCAUGAAAGUCGAGUACGCCACUUGACGGCACUGUUGGCCGAAACCGAACAGGACUUGGCCAAGCUGACACAACUGAACGAACUGCUGAAGGAGGAGGUUCGCCGCCACGAGCGGUCGAUCGAACGGGAGAAGCACGUGCACAAUUCAGAGUAUCUGAAAAAUGUGAUUUUCAAGUUUCUAACUUUGAAUAGCGGCGAUGAGAAAUCGCGACUGGUUCCUGUGCUAAACACGAUACUUAAGUUAAGUCCAGAGGAAACGCAAAAGUUGAACAAUGUGGCCAAAGGAGCGGAGGGCAGCGGACGUGGUUGGACGGGGAUCCUCUGGAACUAGCGUGUCCGGAGAGCACACGCGUCAGUAAGCAAUUCAAGUAACAUUGAAUAGUUCUUUUCGUCUGUUUCCUUUCCUAUUUACUGAACUGACUUAGUCUAUCCGUAAUAAGUGUUAAAUCAUUUAAUCGUUUAAUCGGAAAACCGAACCCCGGCAAAUUUUGGUUGUCAAAUUUGUUGUAAAACUUUGCAAAAGGUGUGUUUUUGAAAUACUGUCUGAACAUUUGCCGUACCUGUUGUCGUACUAUAGCAUUGAAAUGCAGCUUUAUUCACGGUCUGCUGCGGUGCAAAUUAAAAUGACGAAUUAAGAAUUAAUUUAGGAGUCCGUCGCCUUAGGCGAACAAAAUUCUGAUGGGAACUGUAAUUAAUUAGAUAUAGCAUAGUAAAUUUUAUGGAACUAUCAGAAAUCAAAAUGACGGCACGCAGUGUGAGGCUUGAAAUUCGAGUGUACAUUAAAGUAAAUCACGUGGCACUACCUUUGGUAAUGUUUAUGUUUCGUCCGCAAAGCAGUUUGUUUUAUUAAAGUUAGUUUAAAGGCGAGUUUCAAAGGUGUCUGAAUCUAUUCACGGGGUCUGAAGUGGAAGCGAAAGCAGACCAAUGUUUGCAUGUUGUUUUUAUCGAUGAGGCAUUCCAUGGCAAAUAUUUUUAACGAUCUUUUUCGAUUUUGCUGAAAAUUUACUAUGAUUUAUCUUUUUCUAUACCUAUAACAAUGAAUUUUUGCCUGUCGGUUUGUAGGUACCUUAUAGAUUCGGGAACUACUGAACCGAUCGGCCUAAAAAUUUGCAUGCAGGGGUUUUGCGGUCAAGAAUGGUUCUUAUGAUGGUUCGAGACCCCUCUCCUCUCUGGAAGAAACGCACUAAACUAUGGCAUACCGAUGUAAAUUCUGGGAUGAAAUAUCAAAAUGCUUGAGCAGGCAACAAAUACCAGUGAAAUAAGGCUGUUUAACGCCAUAUUUCGCAAGAAACAUAUAAAGGGAUAAUCCAUUACAUCCUUCAAAUUAAAAAUGCUCCUAUGAAAUGACCGCAUUGGAGUUUUGGCAUUCAAAUUAGCAAAAUAGAAAAUUUCUCAUUUAUUCGAUAAAAGUGGUGGUUUUCAGAUAGGACUGGCUCAGCAAAUGUCAUAAAAGGCACAAGCAACUUUAGACUCGAAACCCUUAACAAACUUCAAUCCCUAAAGUUCGAGACUUGUGACUAUUGGUAAACUACUCGAGUUACCUAAAAAUGUCCCAUCUUGCCCCGUGGAGGUGCUCGUCUUGCCCCAGUAUGUUUCAGACGGGUGAAAACACAACUAUCACGCAUAUCACGUUUUUUGUCAGUAUAGUUUCAAAUAUUUCAAAUCAAAAUUCUAUAGGAAUGUUAGAUGUAUAAUAGAAAAACUGUUUAUUUAGCAACGGUUAGCUGGAGAUUAAUGGAGCUUUUAUAACAAAAACUUGAGCUGAGCUAACGGUGCUUAUUAACGGAAACAUUAUAAAACCCGAUCGAGUAUUGUCGACUUCUGAGUGAAUUUGCUGCCAUCUAAAUAAAACGGCAAUACCCAAACUAACUCUUAGAUCACGAAGCUGCGUUACUUCUUUGUCUAGUAGAAGACGAUAACACAAAAUAAUCAGACUUCUAACCAGCUCUAGUUGCAGGUCAACGAAAUCUAUAAAAGGUUCAUUUAUGGCUAUUAUCGGGAAAUUUGGUCCUAAAGUACUACUCUGUGGCACGCCAAAUAUAUUUAAAAACCCGCAAUCUCAUUUUUUGCAACAGGUCCGCCUGCUCGCUACCCGAUUAAUAAGCGGGUGGCUUAAGCGCCACUCUCCAAUGGAGAGACCACCCACCGAGAUUAACGGUUGCCCAGCCUGAGACCCUCGCAGGGAGAGGUUCACUUUUAUCCCGAGUUCGGGAAGGGAAGCGGGUUGGCAGACUUAAACACGUGACGCUAUACUCCGUAUGGCUACGUCACAAAACUUUACCUACGAUACAGACCUGGCACUUAAGAACAGCAGCGUUUGAACUCGCAGAGGCAGACAAAUGAACGGGGAAUUCUCAUCACUGGCCGAGUCCAGUUUCCACCUAGAAAUGACCGCAAAAUGAUUGAAGAGAGUCCUUGGCUGAUUUCGGAGUCAGCCGCCCCAGUAGAAAAUGCUCAAAGACUAACAAGGAACGCAAACCGAACACAUGAAAAAUCCCUUCUAAGCCUACUGCAUGGAGGUUCGUUUCAUAACUUAAAUGCGCCUUCUAUCGUACUACUACAAAUUUAUAUUUGAGAAAAUUGGCAUUCAUCAAACACUCCACUUCCAUUUCUUAACAUGGUUUAUUCGAUCGAUUGAUUCUCUCUACUUGCCUAGGCCUAAUCAUUUCUAUCUUCUAAUCUUUCCCAUUCAUUCCCUACUCGCUAGCGGUGUGUGCAAGACAAAAAAAGAACGUACGUUCACUGUGCGGUGUGGUGGGUUGCUAUCAACCGGCUGCUGUUGGUUUCGUUAGGGUCUCGGCCCUAUUCAAGUCACAUGCGCAUGGACAAUAGAAAUAUAAAAGUACUCACUCAAUAC